AUGCACCGGAUUCGUUCGUGGGCGAAAGCUCACGCUUCUACUGCUGCCGACUCCCAACCCCAGGCCUCUGCGCCAGAAUCCAACGAUCGCCCCGACGACCCCGACAUACAUCGUCAAAAUGAUCAAGUGAAUAAAUCCGCUGGCGACCCGGCUUCGGGCUCGCCAAGUGAUGGAAACACCUCUCAGAAACAGGGUCUUGUCCCUCGCACGAAGAACGCUGCCAUCCGCUUCGUUCGCCACACCAGAACAGCACUAUGCCACAGCUGGGUCAACGUCCUACUGGUCUUUGUACCCGUUGGAAUUGCCGUCGAGGCUGUCGGGAUGGACCCUGCCAUCAUUUUCGCCAUGAAUGCAGUGGCCAUUAUCCCAUUGGCCGGACUCCUGAGCCAUGCUACUGAGUGUGUCGCCAGCCGCAUGGGUGACGCUAUUGGCGCCCUCCUCAACGUCACCUUCGGUAACGCAGUCGAACUGAUCAUUUUCAUUAUUGCCCUUGUCAAGAAUGAAAUUCGCAUCGUUCAGGCUUCUCUGCUAGGAUCUAUCCUAGCCAAUCUUUUGUUGAUUCUCGGCAUGGCUUUCCUCCUCGGAGGUCUCCGCUUCCAGGAACAAAUCUACAACAGCACCGUCACCCAGAUGAGUGCAUGUCUUCUUAGUCUGGCAGUCACCAGUCUCCUGUUGCCAACCGCUUUUCACGCCUCGUUCAAGGAUAGCAACGAUGCCAAUCAAUCGACUCUCAAGGUCUCCCGCGGAACCAGUGUUGUGCUUCUUUUGGUCUAUGUAUUGUACAUCAUUUUCCAGCUCAAGUCGCACUCCUACCUUUACGCCAGUAUUCCCCAGCAAAUCAUCGACGAGGAGUCCCACCCGGGUGUAUUGGCCGAUUUCAUGAACUCAUCGUCCGACUCGUCUAGCAGCUCGUCUUCAGACGAGUCCGACGACACGACGACCUCCUGGACAACGGCAAAGCGUAUCAAGCGUGCAAUGAAAUACCGCAAGCACAGGAAGGCUAGCAUCAGCUCGCGGGGGACCACCUCUCCUGAACUGAUGCACAAAUCCACCGUCGAUGUCUCAUCGCUCCCUCCACGGAAACUCAGUACCGCCAGCGAGUCGAGCCCCAACCAUCGUGAUGACACCGGCUCAUACGUUGUCGACACGGACGCCAAACCAGAGCCGGAAAGUAGCAACCCGAGCGAACCGCGCUUGAGGGACUUUGGCGAUGACACCUUUUUAAGCGUCAACCCUACCACUAGUGCGAGUCAAUCCGUCGGACCACAGUCGAGAGACUUCGGUCAGGCGCCGGCUAGCAUCCACACCACGGAGACCGACCACAGACGAUCCAGGCGCGAGCGGAAGAAGAAGAGGAAGGUCGCCAGACGGGAAACGAGAGAACAAGGCGUUAUUCCAACCCUGCCCUCUCAGCCCGCACCCAACUCCCGCGUCUCGGCGCUGUCUCUCGAACAGGGCGAAACCUCAGAGCUUCCACGCAAGUGGUCUCCAUUCCGCCCUAAUCUCCCAUCUCUGCUGUCGAACACUGUAUUCACGAACCCGCCGCCAACUGCUGCCUCCAAAGAUCCCUUAGGCAACUGUAAUGGCCUGCGACGUACGCACUCGCUUCCUUCACUGGGGCAGCACCCCGCUGCACAGCGUCCUCCUCCAGUCGGCAAUGCCGUCCAGUUCGCCAGAGUUGCAGCACGUAUGCCCACUGCGGUCAACCCUGUCAUUGAUUCCGAGAAACCCCAGGAGCAUCCCGAACCCGAAAUGUCGCGUACCGCUGCGCUGGUCAUGCUGCUCCUCUCCACUGGUCUCGUCGCAGUGUGUGCUGAAUUCCUCGUCGACGCAAUCCCCGCCAUGGUCGAAAGCUCCUCCGUCAGCGAAGCCUUCAUCGGCUUGAUCAUCCUGCCUAUCGUGGGUAACGCCGCGGAGCACGUCACGGCAGUGACAGUUGCGACCAAGAACAAAAUGGAUCUGUCAAUCGGUGUCUCCGUCGGAAGUAGUAUUCAAAUCGCAAUCUUCGUCACGCCGCUCGUCGUCAUCCUCGGCUGGUGCAUGGACAAAGAUAUGUCUCUCUACUUCACGCUCUUCGAAACCAUCUCGCUCUUCGUCACCUGUUUCGUCGUCAACUUCCUCGUCCUCGACGGCCGCAGCAAUUACCUCGAAGGAGCGCUUUUGAUGGCGGCGUACGUCAUUAUCGCUGUCGCCGCAUUCUUCUACCCCGAUAACGCGCACGCUAGCGAUCUUGGACAGGCGGGGUAA